AUGGAGAGCAAGAAGCGCAAGGCGGAGGAGGAUCCGGGCGGCGAUGCCGGCGGAGUGGAGCAGCCGGAUCUCGAUAGCGCCGACGUUCUCAAGCUCCUGGAGCCGCUGGAUCGCGGCGCCAUGCACUACAUCCUCCAGAUUUCUUGCUUGCAGCACCCGGCUGUUCUGGAAGAGGUCCGGAGGUACGUGGACAGGGAUCCCGCGCACCGCAAGCUCUUCGUGCGGGGAUUGGGCUGGGACACCACCACCGAGACGCUCAAGGGCGUCUUCUCGCAAUCCGGGGAGGUGGACGAGGCCGUGAUCAUCCGGGACAAGGCCACGCAAAAGAGCCGGGGAUUCGGCUUCGUCAGUUUCAAGCAUAUGGAUGGAGCUCUGCGCGCGCUCAAGGAGCCGAGCAAGAGGAUCGAUGGAAGAAUGACCGCUUGCCAGUUCGCGUCAACCUCUUCUUCCUCCACUCCUUGCUCUUCGAUCACUCCAUCCAUGAAUCCUCCCCCGCCGAGGCCAUUCAUCGAAGACGUCUCCACCAGGAAGAUCUACGUCGGGAGUGUUCCAGUGGGGACGAGCGCGGACAAGGUGCUGGCCAUCUUCUCCCAAUUUGGAGAGAUCGCCGAGGGGCCGCUGGGAUUCGACCGCUCCACUGGAGCUUCCAAGGGAUUCGCGCUCAUCAUCUUCAGAACCUCCGAGGGAGCGCGCAAGGCGCUGCUGGAUCCUUUCAAGACGAUCGAUGGCCACCAAGUUCAUUGCAAGCUCGCCGCCGAGGGGCUGGCCAAGCAGCAGCAAAUCAAGCACGAUCAAGCGUCCAUGGAUCAUCACCACCAUCAAGCCAUGCGGCCUUUGAUGGCUCCAGCGAUCGCUCACAACACCAUGAAACAAGCUCCUCAUCCUCUCGUCAACUAUCACUACGUCCAAGCUCCUCCGCCAUCUUCGAGGGCGGGAUCAUACAACUAUCCGGCAGCGUUUGGAGGACAAGCCGCCUCUCAGGGGCAGUAUUAUGGGAUUCACCCCGGCUAUGGAGUUUCGUAUCCCGCAAGUGGAGUUCCAGUGGCGAGCGUUCCAUCGGGUUACAGCAGCUAAAAUCUAUAGAGAGGUACGUGAUGUAGAAACAAAGAUCACUUUCUCGCAAUAGUUUUGGUUCUUGGUUCGGACUGACUUAAAACAAGUUGGCUCUCCCUCACAGCAAUUUAUUCUUUUUAAAAAGAUAGUUUUAGUUCAAUUUUUUAACAAUUAGUUCGUUCUUUUGUAAAAGAUAAG